AUGCUCAAGCUCUGGCCGUCCUCCCCAAUGGACCAGACGACUCCCAGAGCGGGUCCCGAUGGCCAGGAGUGCAAGAAUCCCUUUGAGAGCCCUGCAUCUUCUUCAAAUACUUCAAAUGGUGCACAGACCCCGACCGUGACCACAAGUCGCUAUCAUCACCACCUCCUCGCCACGCCGCGCUCACCCUACAAUAUCUCGGCCAGUUCGCCUACCUCGCCAUCAUUUUCGGCGAACCCAAUUCCUAACGGUCCAUCCGGGGACAACGCCGAUCUCACGCCCCUAGGAACAUCCAUCUUCGGGGCUUUUGCAGCUGCCUUACCAACAACCCAACUCUCUCUACAUGCACCAGAAUUCAGCAUGCAGCAGCCACCAUCCCGCAAAGACAAAUCCCCUGCAGACAAGUCCUCAAAGACAUCGGCAUCGUCCUCCUCGUCAAAUGGCUCGUCCUCUUCUAGCGCUCCUCAGUCAGGCUCUUCUAGAGGCCAGAUUCACGUCAAACUGAUACAAGCUCGUGGCCUCAACGUCCAAUCGCUGAAUGCCCGCCCCUACGUCGUCGUCCAGUUUGAGAACAACGAGUUUGUCAGCAGGGAUCCAACAGAAGAAUCCGAGAAGGAAGCCAAGGGCACCGCUACCGCUCUAUCGCGCAACGGCUCCUCGAGUGCACUGUCUGCAUUGGGGGCCAUCGGAUCUCGCGCUGCCAUCGAUGUUAUCAAACGGCGAAAGUCGAGCACCAACUCAUCGCCAGUCUCCUCAGUAUCGUCUGGGAAAUCGAAUGGAACAUCUUCGAACACUACUAACACCGCUGCCGUUCCCAACCAUGCGAAUGGUCUCUUCGCCAGGCUAUCCGCCCAUAAUCCAGUUUGGAAACAUGAGGUCUCCUUUGAUGUUACCAUGGAUGACUCCCUUCUCACAUUCAACGUCUACGAUCGUGCCGUGACAGACGGCGGUUUCCUGGGGGCCGUGCAGGUGAAGCCCAUCCUUAAACACGAUCACACUGUCGAUGAGUGGUACAAGCUCCGGCCACUCGAGAACGAGGAGGUCAAUGGCGAUAUGCGUUUACAAAUCACCUAUGAACAGUACAAGACGAAACGAGCCUUAACUCCACGAGAUUUCGAAUUCCUUAAACUCAUCGGGAGAGGGACGUUUGGCAAGGUCUUCCAAGUGCGCAAACGGGACACGAAGCGUAUAUACGCCAUGAAGGUCCUCUCGAAGAAGGAGAUCGUAGCCAAGAAGGAAGUCGCACAUACCAUAGGAGAGCGCAAGAUCCUCCAGCGGUCGCUGGAAUCACCUUUCCUCGUUGGGCUAAAGUUUAGCUUUCAGACGGAAACAGACCUAUAUUUGGUGACGGACUUUAAGAGCGGCGGCGAACUCUUCUGGCACCUUCAGCGUGAGACGAGGUUUACCGAAGAGAGAGCAAGGUUCUACAUCGCGGAGCUCAUAUUGGCCUUGGAACACCUACAUAAAUACGACAUUGUUUAUCGCGACCUCAAGCCAGAGAACAUCCUUCUCGAUGCAACGGGUCACGUUGCCCUAUGCGAUUUUGGCCUUUCGAAGGCCGAUCUACGAGCGGACGAACUUACGACAACAUUCUGCGGCACGACGGAAUAUCUAGCGCCAGAAAUACUGCUCGAUGAGCAAGGUUAUUCAAAGAUCGUCGACUUUUGGUCAUUAGGCGUUCUCCUGUUCGAGAUGUGCUGUGGCUGGAGUCCCUUUUACGCCGAAGACACCCAGCAGAUGUACAAGAACAUCUGUUUCGGUAAAAUCCGUUUCCCGAAGGGCGUUAUCAACGAGGAUGGCAAGCAAUUCGUCAAAGGGCUUCUGAACCGAAACCCGAAACAUCGCCUGGGUGCCUCGCGGGACGCGUCUGAGCUCAAAGAGCACCCGUUCUUCAAGAUGAUCGACUGGGACGCGCUGGCAAAGAAACAAGUCACACCGCCGUUCAAACCUGACGUCGAGUCGGACGAAUCGACAGCGUGCUUCGACCCAGAGUUUACAUCUGCUGAUAUUCGGGAAAUCGGGAUUGAGGAUAUCGUUGAUUUGGACGAGGAUGACCCUUCAGAGGCGUGGGUGUCCCGGUCUGUCAGCGGAAGCUAUAUCCACACGCCGAACGGUCCCCUGGGCAGCGAUCAGCCCAAAAAUCACGGUAUUGCUGGCCUGUCUGGCCUGUCAAUAUCUACCUCAGGACACAUACCGAACGGUCCGUCGGGGUCUUCUGCGAAGAGCGCCGCGCCGCAGGGUAUCCAGAUAGCGCCAAAGAAGAAGAAAGAUCCCGUCGGGACGCCCUUGACGAAUAGCGUGCAAGAGAACUUCCGUGGGUUCACGUAUUCGGGAGAGAGCGUGGUGCAGCCCCCGGCGGGCAGAUUGAAGAACGGGGCGGAGGCUAGCGAGGCUGUCGAUGACGAAGAGGUCCCUGAUGAAAACACGGAGGACGAGGCCGAAGAUACAGCGAGACCCGCUGGAAGAUAUGCGCAUGCCAGGAGAAAGGGCCUAGCUUUCACCGGCUUGGAUGAUGUGUAG